AUGAACAGGAGAAAACAAUUACGACCAAUUAUAUUAGAUGAAAUUGAAGAAUGGACACAACAGUACUUGACACCACCUAGUAUUGUAUCAUCGAACACAGACAUGAAUACCACUCAAUGUACCAAUACGAGUCUCAGGACUCAGUCUGUACCCUCUCGUGGCUGGCUGGAACAUACAGAUACAAGUAAGAACACAUGUUUGUUACCAGCUUAUAUACCCCAACUUCCAUCUUGGUCAACCCAACAAUUGGACCAUACCAUUCCCGAUUCUCAACCGUCGACGGGGGAGUUGCAAGUCAAGAUGUACGUGAAUUAUCUUCAUGAUGUUAGGGUUGACUCGUCUUCAGGAUCUGGUUCGUUAUCUAGAGGAUGUCGCGAUAAAGUGGGGAAUCAAAACACCACAUGUAUAACCGAUUUUGAAUUGCAACAUUUGGAUAAUCUAUUUGAUCCCACUCUUGAUUUCAAUACCAAUACUAGUCUGGAUCUUGAACUUGAUUUCGACGAUUGGAUUGAUCUCAAUCCCUCGAGUGAAUUGCGUCCCUCCGACUGUGAUCUCCAAGUAACCGCUAGAUCCACUUCCACUUGCACCAAAAUUGGGACGCACCAAGGCAAGAAGUCAGAUACGGACUCGAUAUUGAACACGAGCGAUAAAAUGACGAUCCCUUCGUUCGAGGCUUGUCUUGUCGAAUUUGAUUUACGUUCGUUAACGACUCUAAGUGAUGAUACGUCUUGGACCUCGGCUAGGCGGCAAGAAACGACGACAGCGACCAAUGAGCCUGCGCGGUCUGAUCAAUGCAAAAAGAGGAAGGCAGACCCAAGGGAUCAUAACCGACCGAAUCCGAGUAAGAGGAGUUCUAACUAA